AUGCCGUGCGGGCUCCGGGAGGCAUGCGGCACAGGCCUCUACUCCACCGUGAUCAUCUCCUUCCUGACCGACUUCGGCGGCGGCAACUACAAGCUCAACCUCGCCGGCCACGCCUGGAGCGCCGUCGGACCGGACGUCAAGUACUGCCGGUCCAAGGGCGUCCUCGUCCUCCUCUCUAUCGGCGGCGGCGUCGGCAGGUACUCCCUGGCCUCGCAGGCCGAUGCCAAGGCCGUCGCCGACCACCUCUGGAACUUCUACCUCGGUGGGACCAGCACCAUGUCCUGGCCGUUCGGCGACGCCGUGCUCGACGGCGUCGACUUCGACAUCGAGCUGGGCAGCAACGCCCACUACGGCGACCUCGCCAGGUACCUCAAGGCGUACAGCGGGAGGAAGCCCGGAGGGAGGAAGGUGUGGCUGACGGCGGCGCCGCAGUGCCCGUUCCCGGACAGGAUGCUCGGCGAGGCGCUGCGCACGGGGCUGUUCGACCGAGUGCACGUCCAGUUCUACAACAACCCGGUCUGCAACUACCGCGCCAGCAACGUGGCCGCGUUCACCUCCGCAUGGAACAAGUGGGCGGCGAGCCUCCCCGGGAGCUCCGUCUACCUCGGCCUCCCGGCGGUGAGCGGCGCAGCGAACAACGGGUACGUGGCUCCGGCGACGCUGAAAGAGAACGUGCUGCCGAUCGUGCAGAAGUCCAAGAACUACGGCGGUAUCAUGCUGUGGAGCAGGAACUGGGACAAGCAGACCGGCUACAGCAAGAGUGUCAAGUCUGCCGUGUGAUCACCGACCGGACUACCGGUUGGUGUUUUACGUGUGCAUUUGUUUCAGUGCCAUUUCCACUUUGAAUAAAGAGCAGGUACAAUAAGACUGACUCAUCAGCUCCAAAAAUUACCAUGUCAUCUUAUUCCUACAUGGAAGGGAGAGAAACGAGGAGAGAGAAGAAAGCGGACGACUAAUCUGUCGCCGGGCGUUACACAAUUUUUGAUGUGCUAUCGCCCGCGUGCAGUCGGCCCUGGCGGUAAAAGACACGGUUUGUGGGGCCCGCACACACCUCCCGUGUAAUAUGCGAUCUCCCCUCCCUCGAUCCUUUCCGGCUUUCAUGGACUUCUCACUGGCGACUGUGGUGGUUUCUCUUCCGCCCUCACGCCGUCCCCUCUCCUGUGCUUCCUUCUCCCUCACCACGCGUGGGGACCCACCACCGCACCACCGGCCGUAGGGCUUCGGCUCCACCAUCCCCAUCCGCCGCCUCUUCCCCUCCCCGCAGCCGUGGCGCCACCGCCCUCUGCCUCGGCAGCGCCGCGGCGACGGCAAGAGGGAGGAGCGGACGAAGCUAAGGGAGCGGCACCACCGGGCCAUCACCAGCCGCAAGUUGUCUAGGCUACGACAGCAUAGCAACUUCCCGCUCUCCGCGCGCGCCGACAUGAAUGAUGAACGAUGUUCUCGCCGCACUCGUGCGCGCCGCCGGUGUCAGGCCCGCGCGAGUUUCAGGCUGAAUUCAAGAGGAAAACAUAGAAGUUGCAGAGAUAUUUGGCUAGGUUAGCUACUUAAUAGGAAGAAAAUUGAUAGAAAUUACACUGGAUUGAAAGAAACAGUGUAGAAACGAUGAACUGAAACUUGCCUAAGCCAGUUCCAUGCUUCAAAUUUGCCCUCAUCAACUUCUCCAUAGCUACAUCAAAUUCAUAUUGCCUAUAAGCAUAAGCAGCAGCUUCCAUCAAUUUUUUUAAGUCAUCCCCUCUAUAUCCAGCAGACACAAAGUUGGCAUGCAAAUGCCUAAGACAGAACCUAUGCUCAGCUGUAGGAAAGACAUCAGGUAUGGCUACCAAUAUUCCCUAUAAAAUACAAAGAAGUACAUUGUAAGAAAAAGAAAAUUUUCAAACAUAUCUAAUGUGAAAGUAGUAAUGUCCAAUGCUAAGAUCUGGAACAUAUCUUCUGCCUAUCACUCAUGAAAACCCAGCCACCAUGCUCAUGUCCAUCUCCAAUGCAUUCUUUUAAGCAGUUCAAGAACCAUUGCCAUGAAUGAUUGUUUUCAGAUUCAACUAUUGCAAAUACUAGUGGACAGAGACAUAUUGUUAUUGGCAUCUCUACCAGUUGCUGCUAGGAUCUGUGCUCUAUUUGGUAGCUUAACACGGGUUCCAUCGACACCUAUAAAAGGUCUACAGGCAGCUAUAAACCCAUCAAUCUGAGCUUUAAAUGAUAUGAACAUUCUUACAAACACAAGGUUCACAUCUGGAUCCUGUGGUACAACACACUUCACUACUACCUUGCUGCCUGGGUUAACAAGCAAAAGGGUAUGAGCAUAGUCUUGGAUCCUCUUGAACUGAUCCAUAUGGUCACCUAACACCAUUUUAACUGCUUCCCUCUUAGCCCUGUAAGCUUUGUACUUCGAAAUUCCAAUAUGUGUGUCUCUUAGCAGUUAGCACAGAGUCCCACAGAUGUCUAACCUUCCAAUCUCUAUCACUUCUAAAAUCUUCAACAUAGUCCUUUGCAAUCCACUUUGCAUCCAAUUGCUUCACAUCAUGGGACCUUCCACAUGUAUGAUCUUUUAUAAACUUUUUUAACUUGAAUGUCUUCUCACCAGGGAUCACUCUUCCAUACAUGUACCAUGCACAACCUUGUCCCAAACACUUAGCAGAACCUUUUCAGGAUCAUUCUUCCUUUCAACCUUCCUCCCUUCUCUAAUUAUCAGAUUCUUCAUGGCCUCCCUGAAUUGACCAACAUCAGUGAACAACAUACCCUCUUGGAUAUAUGGAUGCCUCAUGGUACCCUCAUCAAACCAAUUGUCGUCAACGCCCCUUGAUCUGUGCACAAAAAGUUGAGUUUCAUGUGCCUCAUCUAGAGUGUGUUGCCAUCAUUUGGUUCAUCAGACAAAUAUACUACAUCAGUAUUUUUCUUUUCUGAACUUGAUGCAGUAGCAUUCUACUUUGCUAGGCUCUUUGCCCUUCUAAUUGAUCUCACACUAACCUGGUUAUUGCCAUUAUCAUUACUUCUACCAUUAGUAGGUAAUUUACCAUCUUGUUUUGCCCCGAUGUGCUGCUUCUUCCCAGAGUACAACUCAUCAUCUCCACCAUCACCAUCAAAUAUAUAAUCACCAGCAUCCACAACAAGUUUUCUACCUCAUGAUCAGGUACAAUCUCAACAAAAGACGAGUAAUCAUCAAUUUCAUUCAGAGCAAAGUAUGUCUCAUCUUCCACACUAUCGUCGCUAUUUGAUGUUGCUACUAUGUCUCUUAUAGCAGCACUACCUUUUCUUCUACUAGGACCGUUCACUAGAAUUUCAUCAUUCAUCACUAGCCUUGCAGGACCCAGGACAAUGUACAGGCUGCAACUACUUUUUCCUUCAUAAUCAGUCAAUAGUUGAAUGCAUUGGUUGUCAUCCAUUAAAAGCACAAGACCAUUGGGUGCAAAAUAUCCAGGCUUCAAGUAAUACAAACUAUCAUUUUCCUUGAGCCCAAAUUCUUUCAGCUGAUCUCGCAGCUUGAAAUAGCUCAAGUAAUCCUUGUUGAAUUCAUGGAUACUUGAACGACCUUGAUAUGUGAUAUUGUCCUUACUAAAAGAACAACCGUUGAAAAAUCUUCAGCCUUAUCACACCGAUUUUCUCCAUCUACAAAGAUUUCAUCAACCAAAGUGAUGAAUAUGCAUAAGCCAACACAAAACAGAACAAGUACUUGAAAAAAAUUAAUCAAAUUUUAAGCCCAUGGCCAAACAUCUAUUACUAAGAACUAUCGAUCAACCAUGGGACUAAACCCUACCCACAAAUUCCCAACGAAAUCUCUACAAUUUGAAGGCCUCAUGUGCUCCUACCAUAUAGAUGUCAUUAAAAAUCCCAUUAUCAACUUCCCUAAAACCCAAAUUCACACGUCUACCUUCUCCCACAAAUUUGCUCACCAUGCCCUAACAUACAAGAAGAGGAAAGAAACUUGCCGUGUUGUUGCACCGAGGUAGCCAGAACUGAUUUCUCAGUUCUCACCAACAGAACGGAAUGAAACUGAGUUGUCACCAAUGGAAGGAAGGAGGAAGGGGCACUCGAUCGCCGCCAGUCACCCUUGCCGAUCGCCGCCAUGCUUAGCCCUCCUGCCGACGGCGGAGGUAUUAGCGCUACAAACUUGCUUGUGAUCAAACUCGAUUCAAGGGUGUGACUAAACCAAGCCACGCUGGAAGACCUCGAUUUUGGCUGAUCUAGCCCGCAGCGCAUCCACGAUGGCAAAAAUGAGCUGACUCAUCUAUUCACGUGUGGACACUGGGGAGGUAGUGCUUUUGGCAUAGUUACUUCGGGGUGGGUGGGUAAUUGCAUCAAAAUGGGUUUUGGGAGAAUAUCAAAUCAAGAGUGACAAUUGGGGUGGUGUUUGCAAUUUUGCC